AUUGAGAAACACUUCCUAUCGAAUCCCGAAGUUCGUAGAAAACAAUGAAAAGUCUAUAUAUAACUUUGAUAUAAAAUAAAAGCUAGUCAACUCAAGCCUUAAAACUUGCACCUGAUUUACCAAGUUUUCUUGCAUAGAGAAUGGCAGCAGCAACAAAAAGGUAUGCAGUUGUGACGGGAGCAAACAAAGGGAUAGGAUUUGGGAUAUGCCAACAAUUGGUUUCUAAUGGUAUCACAGUGGUGCUAACAGCAAGGGAUGAGAAAAGGGGUAUUGAAGCUGUUGAAAAACUGAAAAAAGAGUUUGGUCUCUCUGACCAAGUGCUAUUUCAUCAACUUGAUGUGACUGACCCUAAAAGCUUUCAAUCCCUUGCAAAUUUCAUCAAAACCCAGUUUGGAAAACUUGAUAUCUUGGUGAAUAAUGCAGGAAUUAAUGGAGCACAUGUUGACCCUGAUGCCUUUUCAGCUAUGGUUGCAUCUGGGGAAGAUUUUGCUAAAGUUGAUUGGAGAAAAAUCCUGGUUGAAAAUUAUGAAUAUGCAGAAGCAGGCAUUAGAACAAACUACUAUGGAGCCAAAUUAAUGUGUGAAGCACUUAUUCCCCUUCUAGAAUUGUCAGACUCGCCAAGGAUUGUUAAUGUUUCCUCCACGAUGGGGAAGUUGGAGAAAAUACCAAGUGAAUGGGUUAGAGGAGUCCUAAGUGAUGCUGAAAGCCUAACAGAAGAAAAGGUGGAUGAGGUUUUGAAUCAGUUUCUGAAGGAUUUUAAAGAGGGUUCAUUAGAAACCAAAGGGUGGCCUCAAAGUUUUUCUGCAUAUAUAGUGUCAAAAGCUGCUAUGAGUGCCUACACAAGGGUUCUUGCCAAGAAGUAUCCAUCUUUCUGCAUUAAUGCUGUUUGCCCUGGCUAUGUGAAAACAGAUCUCAACUACAACACGGGUUAUUUCACUGUUGAUGAAGGUGCUCAAAGUAUUGUAAGGUUGGCUCUGCUACCUAAUGGAGGUCCUUCAGGUCUCUUCUUUUCAAGAAAUGAAGUGGCACCAUUCUGAUCAAAACUCUGUUGUGUACUUGGAGAGAAUAAAUAAUAAGCCAUUUUUCAUGUUAGGACAUGUAUCAAGUUUGUACCUUGCACCACAAGAAAAUAUGGCACAUGUAUCCCUGCAUUGAUAAGAACAAUCCUAUAAUGAAUCACAAAUAUUGUAAGACUAUGAGCUUGUAUGAAUACAAAUUGGAAGUGUUUUUGAGAAUUUAUUCAUUGGAAAAA